CUUAUUGGUUACUGGGGCAAAUUUGCCCAGAACCCUGCACUUCUAAAUCUGAGCUACUGGAGAAUUCUCUUUAUUGUAGAACAUCGCCGGUGGCCGGUUAGUCAUCCCUUUUCCCGCCUUAAUGGCACCUACAGACAAAGCUGAGACACCAUAACAGCAGUCGCCAACCUUCACUUUUGAUUUGCUAUAAGCGUAAAAUAAACCGAGCGCCUCCCCCAGUAACACGCACUUGGAACAAUCCGUCAGCUGCUUCUAGAACUGCACUUCCGGCUACAGCACGCCUUAACAGCGGAAGAGUGAACCUUUUUCCAUAUGCGCAUGCGCGUAAAGUUAACUCCUGAAAUCCCUCCCAUGUUUAUGUUUGACUCCACGCCGCAAAACAGAAGGGACGCGUCAUAUAUAUCGGUUGUUUUAGUCCUGAAUACUGUAACCAUGAGCUGAGCCUGGGGGAAUUAAUCUAUGACUGUCUGCUGAUCAUAUCCAUGAUGGAUGGGACACAUGCAAUAAAGAGAUCCAGGAGUAGAAGCCCUAAGGUGUCCCAAAGCAAAUCUUCAAAGAAGAAGAAGAGAUCAAGCUCCCGAUGCAGAAGUGGCAGUGACUCCCCUGCUAGAAAACAUUCAACUCUCGCAAAAUAUCGAGCAGAGGUACCAGACCGACGUAAAAAAGAGAGAAGAAAGAAGAGGAGAAAAAGAACAGUGAGCACAACUUCGUCGUCUUCUUCUGAGAGUUCCUCAUCUUCUUCAUCAUCCUCUUCAGAUGACUCAGGUGAUAGUACAUGUAAGAGUAAAAGGAGCAGCCAUAGAAAGAAGAAGAAUAAAAAGCAAAUAAAGAGAAAGAAGGCAAAAAAGAAUAAAAAGCUUAAGAAAAAAACAUCCUUUAAACUGGAAUGCCAGGAUACCAAAAGCACAGAAAAGGAAGUACUACCUGGCCCAUCAGUAAACCCCUGCAAGAAGGAGUCUCCAGAAGUCUCUGGCCCAGCUUUGACUGAUGAACAGAAGUCUCGAAUUCAAGCAAUGAAACCAAUGACGAAGGAAGAGUGGGAUGCACAGCAAAGUGUUAUCAGGAAAGUCGUGGAUCCAGAAACUGGAAGAAUUAGACUUAUCAAGGGUGACGGUGAAGUUCUUGAAGAGAUUGUAAGCAAAGACAGACACAAAGAGAUCAACAAGCACGCUACACAGAAGGAUGGCCUUGAGUUCCAGAUGCACUCUGGCAUGUUCUGAUCUCUGGCCCUACAGGACACUCUGCCUUAUAUUGGUUUCAGGUUAAAGACUGGUGCGUGCUGUAGCCAAAAUGAAUGUUUGUACUUUCCCUUACACUCAAAAUCUCUUUUUAGGAUGUUAGCACUGCCUUGUAACCUUAAUUGUCUUGUUUUAUUUCAUCUUUUGUUUCCCCGCUGAUAUUGUUAGAAUGAAAUAUUCAGUCUUUUGAUAUCAAACAUUUUUCACCAGAACAUUUCCAUAAAUAUCUGAAAUAAACAUUUUAAAUAUUUUAAAAA